CUCGUCACCACCCGUCUGACAACACCCAGCAUGUCGCGCUUUGUCCGUGCCUCCAAGUUCCGCCACGUGUUCGCUGAUCCGCCCAAGCGUGAGAUCACGUACCAGGAGCUCCGCAUUUCCAAGUCCGCAUGGGACUCGAACAUGGUCUCGGCCAACCCGUACUUCUUCGCAGUCAACUGGAACGCCGGCGGUGGCGGUGCGUUCAUGGUCAACUCGCACGAGAACGUGGGCAAGAUCGGUACCACCGCGCCGCUGUUUGCGGGCCAUACCGGCACCGUGCUCGACACCCAGUUCAACCCGUUCAACGACUUUAUUGUCGCGUCCGGCUCUGAGGACUGCACCGCCAAGGUGUGGCAGGUUCCCGAGGGCGGCCCGACCGAGAACGUGACUGAGCCGCUGCUCACCCUCUCCGGCCACGGCCGCAAGGUUGGCCAGCUCCAGUUCCACCCGGUUGCCGCCAACGUGCUCGCCACCUCGUCGACUGACCUCACCAUCCGUCUUUGGGACAUCGAGAAGGCCGAGGAGAAGAUCCAGCUCGCGGGCCACACCAACAACAUCAACGACUUUUCGUGGAACCGCAACGGCUCCUCGUUCUGCUCGGUGGGCAAGGACAAGAAGCUCAAGCUCUGGGACCCGCGCAGCUCGACCGACGCUGUCGCUGACACCGCCUCGCACGCCGGCAUCAAGGGCUCGCGCUGCGUCUUCCUCGGCGACCGCGAGCAGAUCUUCACCACCGGCUACUCCAAGAUGGCCUCGCGCGAGUACGCCCUCUGGGACACUCGCAACCUCGAGAAGCCCAUGACCAAGAAGUCGGUCGACAACUCGUCCGGCAUCCUCAUGCCGUUCUACGACGCGGACACGUCCAUGAUCUUCCUUGCUGGCAAGGGUGACGGCAACAUCCGCUACUACGAGCUCGUUGACGAGGACCCCUUCGUCUGCUACAUCUCCGAGUACAAGUCGUCCGACUCGCAGAAGGGCAUGUGCUCCGUCGGCAAGCGCUCCGUCUCGGUCAACAAGUGCGAGAUUGUCCGCCUCCUCAAGCUCACCAACACCACCCUCGAGCCGCUCUCCUUCCGCGUCCCGCGUAAGGCCGAGAUCUUUGCCGAGGACAUCUUCCCCGACACCGCCGGUGGUGUCCCCGCCCUCACCGCCGAUGAGUGGUUUGGCGGCUCCGACGCCGACCCCAUCCUUGUCUCGCUCCGUGACGGCUUUGUCGCCACCGAGGCCUCGUUCAAUGUCACCGCGGAGGCUGCCGCCACCGCCACCGGCCCCGUCAACCCGGCUGACAUGUCCGAGGACGAGAUCCGUGAGGCCCACCGCAACCAGGAGGCCACCAUCACCAAGCUCAAGCAGAAGGUCGCCGCCCUCGAGACCAAGGUUCGCCAGCUCGAGGCCGAGCUCAAGGACGCUGCCGGCUCGUCGUCGUGAACACCUCGACCAUCCCUCUCCCUCCCCGUUCCUGUGUGAAUACACCCGUCUUUCCUCUCC